UGGAAAGUUCCGGAUUAAGUAAAGGUCGAGAUAAAACUGCGAACGUGUGUCGCUGCGGCUCAGAGUUGCGUCGAUCUUUUCUCAUUGACAGUGAAACAAACCUAGUUAUUGAAAAUGCCACGGGGAAGCAGAAGCCGGCCCGCCAGGAUGAGCCCUCCCGCCAGCCGGGCACCACCAUCACCUCCUCCAAUGGCCAGUGCACCAUCUCACGCCCCGGUCCCCAUGCAGGCCACUCCGUCUGCAGUGGGGGCUCCAGCUGCAGCGCCCAGACAGCCAGGUUUGUUCGCACAGAUGGCUACGACAGCCGCCGGUGUGGCGGUGGGCUCUGCCGUGGGACACACCAUUGGCCACGCCAUGACUGGAGCCUUUAGCGGAGGACGCUCUGAGGCCGCCAGUCCUGACGUCACGUACCAGGAGCCGUACCAGCAGCAAGCAGCCCAGCAGCAGCAGCAGCAGGAGGUCUGCUCCUACGAACUCAAGCAGUUCCUGGAAUGUGCUCAGAACCAGAGUGACCUGAAGCUCUGUGAGGGAUUCGGCGAGGUACUCAAACAGUGCAGGUCUGCUAGUGGUUUUUCUUGAGAUGGAAACAAAGCCCUGCAGAGUUGAAAUCACAUGUCCGCUCACCAGAUUUCAGUGGGGCGCAAUCUACAAGGGAUCAAUAAAUCAAUCAAUAAACAUGCUUUACUUAAAUAAUUGACUUUAGGCAACAUUAUUUUGUGGUGAGAACACUGCUGCAGAGUUUGUAAUAAUAGUCUUAUAAAUACUGUUUAUAUAUUUUGGUGUCAUGUUUUGAGUGUAAUUUUAACAGUGCUUUUCAUGAGCAGUGCUUUCAUUAUAAAACCUCAAAUAACACCAGAUAUGUAGAAUAAAGCUCCUAGUUCUCAUCUUAUGGUUUGGUUGUAACAAGGAGAAAACGAAUAAAGCACUUGGAUGAUAA